AUAUUACCUCUUGAGCUUCUUGAGCAGAUUGUGAGCUGGCUUGAAUAUGAGAGUGACAUAAAUGCUCUCGCUCGUACCCAUAGGGCUUUCUACCAUUUUGGGAACCCGAUGCUGUACCGACACAAUGUGCGCCAUGGGAAAGGCUCGGCGUUAGGCUGGGGGGUCCAACACGGAAUCCUGGCGACCGUGCAACGAGCUUUUGAGGCCGGC